UCAGUGGUCGUGGUCGUGGACGCAACGCAUCAGUUGGUGAUUGUGCCCUCGCCUGCUAAAUUGUGUUCCGGGUCGCUUGCCACAGUCAAUAAAAUUAUAAACAUUCCAACAGAAAAGGUAACGCCUGUUGUUACCAAGGUCACGAAAGGAUGAGCAGCAAAGUGAAUUUUAGCUUCGAUAACGUCCUGGGUGUCUACUAUGCUGGUCAGAUCGUAUCUGGCACAGCAGAACUCAUUACAGAGCGACCCAAAACCAUACGUUCCAUCUAUAUAACCGUGAAUGGUUUCGUGGAGACGCGUUGGCAGGAGAGUGUCGAAAAGACUGGUGCUGAUGGCAAGCCGGUUAAAUCACUCGAAACAUAUACCACCACGGAGAUCUUCUAUAGCAGCGAUAAGUAUGUGUAUGGCCAGAGCGGAGGAUCGCAGCUGGAGCUGCCCCAGGGCAAGUAUGUCUUUCCCUUUCAAGCCACUAUACCUCCCCAAACGCCGACCUCUUUCAAUGGCACACACGGACAGAUAAAGCAUGAGGUGACCUUGACCAUAGAUCGAGCGGUGCGAUAUAAUAAUAUAUUCAAGCAGUGCUUUACGGUCAUACUGCCCAACGAUUUGAACGUAAAGCGCGAGCAUUUGCAACCGUUGAAGCGAAUCGAGGAGAAAACGUUUUGGUGGGGCUCCAUAUUUGGCAAUAAUAAGCCCAUGGUAAUGGAUGUCAGCACCUCAUACAGCGCCUAUGUGCCUGGCCAGAAGAUCCACUUUCACAUUGUGCUGGACAAUCAAGCAGACGUUCAGUGCCAGGAUGUGAAAGUGCGUCUAUUCAAGAACGUCAUCUAUCGCGGCAAAGCGGGCGAUAAGGACCAAUUGAAAACCACGGAGACACGCAUUGCCGAUAAGCACUGUGGCGAGGUGGAUAAGAAUAAUAAGGCACAAUUCGAUGAGUUUUUAUUGGUGCCGCCCACAACUCCGACAACAAUGAGCGAACGAGACCCGAUUCGAGUGAAUUACACACUUCGUUUUAUAGCCAAGACAUUCCGCUUACAUGGCGGCGGAGAUAUGGUUGUGGACUUUCCACUGGUCAUUGGAACAGUGCCAUUGCAGGGCAGUGCAGACGACAAGGGACCAGGCCAGAAGGCACAGGCACCGAGCACAAACGGCCCCUAUCAGACAAUGACUGCACCGAAUUUCCAAGAGGACGUGUGCACAGAACACUUUGAGUCCAACACAUAUAAGCCACGCUAUCCAGUUUACAUACUCAAUGGUCAGCCAGCCGGUGGCAAUAGUGGUAAAUCGUCUUUGCCCAGUCUUUACCCAAAGGCCGAGGAUACACCGCCUGCACCACCAGUACAUUACACACCUAAUCCAGUUUUGCCAGUGGGAAAACCGUCGGCAAUAGUUCAAAAGACGCCGCCAUAUCCAGUGCAAGCCCCAGCAGCUGUGCCAGCUGUUGGCAACAAUUUUGAAGUACUCGGAUUUAGUAUACCGCCGGGCUAUCAGCCCACACCCAGUGCACCGACUGAUGCUGCUGGCAAUAUUGGUUGGAAGUAGUUAUUGUGUAAACUAUAUAUUUAUAUUUUUAGAUGCACUUUUUAUGAAGUUUAAAAUAGAUACUCGC